AUGGCUACUAAGAUUUCAAUUACCCGUACAUUGGCCACGGUUAAAUCCAUGUCCAACGGUCUGAUGCUUAUUUCACUAACUCGCGGUACUGAUGAAUUCGCCCAAGAAGCUGGUUUCAAUGAUUCCGUUGGGGCGGUUUCUGAUGCGAUCAAAGAAAACUACCAUGGUUUACAAGAUAUCAUUCGUGUGCGUGAAGAUAUCCUUGCUAAAGUGAUAUUGUCCAACGCUAGUACGCUUAUUACCGUAGCUGGCAAAGAAUACACUACACAGUGA